AACCGCGGCUUUUCAGUUCAGGAAAAUGCCUUGCCAGCGAGGUCUCAUAGCAUUGAUCUGUCUCACGAUCAUAGUGGUUAUUACGACCAUCUGCCAAUCUUUUCAUACGAAUUUUCUAACAGUGGGCCGCAAUGGAACGUUAAGAUACGAGCCCACUGAACUGGAUCUUGGCCAGAUGCGAUUUCUCGCCGGACUCUCUGAUUCAGAAAAUCUUCGCCAAACUGUGCAAAGGAUUGCGAUUAAGAGGGUACCAAGCACUUCGGGACAUUCGAAAGUGAGAAACUACAUAGUGGAUUAUCUGAAGAAACUAAACUGGAACGUAGAGCUAGACAUUUUUACCCAGAAAGUGCCUAUUAUGAGUGCCGUAACCUUCCACAAUAUUGUGGCACGUCAGAAUCCUCGGGCCAAAAGAUACCUAAUGUUUGGCUGCCACUAUGACAGCAAGUAUUUCAAGGAUUUCGAUUUUAUGGCCGCCACGGAUUCGGCCGUUUCCUGUGCACUCAUGUUAAAUAUGGCAACAAUUUUGAGAAACCAGUUUCAUAAUCGUUCCGAUAUCAGCUUAAUGCUGGUCUUCUUUGACGGCGAGGAGGCAUUCGGGGAAUGGUCAGCGGAGGAUUCGCUCUAUGGCUCCAGACACUUGGCGGAGCUGUGGGAGCAGCACGGUUUCCUGGAUAGGAUUGAUCUCUUCUUGCUGCUGGAUCUCAUUGGUGCCAGUGAUGUGGUCUUAAGGAUGAACAUUCCAAGUACUUCUGGUUGGUUCCGCCGACUUGUCCAGCUGGAGAAGAAGCUAUUCCAGGCGGGCAUCCUGCCACUACAACGUCCACUCUUCAAGUUUGAGCCCGGCACAGAUAUCGAUGAUGACCACCUGCCUUUCAUGCUACGCAACGUUCCGGUUAUCCAUCUAAUAUCCAAUAAAUAUCCAGCAGUUUGGCAUCUAGCUGAGGACUUGGAGAGGAACGUGGACUACAAUACUACGGAGCAAGUGGCUCUUGUUCUGCGAAUGUUUGUCAUGGAAUACCUCAACUCGGCACCUUCUACAUCAAAUACCGUUUACCAGUAAUAAUUAAUAUAUCUGUCUUUAAA